AUGGCUGAGGGGUUUGCCCAAUCGGUGAGUAAUGAUCACAGUAGUUACCACAAUUGCAUGCUUUGCGAGGACCAUGAUAGUGCGGAUGAUAUGGUCCAAUGUGACGUCUGCGACUUCUGGGCACACUACAGUUGCGCUGGUGUCUCAGAAGCUGUGAAGUCGGUUCCGUGGACGUGCGCGAAGUGCAAAAAUAUACUGCAAGUACCGAAAGAAGCCAAAAAGCCUGCCUCGAAGAAGACUUCAUCCAGAAAGAGUAGCACGAAAAGCGAUGCUGGAUCCGACAAGGAAAGUGUCAAAAGUGUGACCCUGGAGGAAUCACUUCAACAGGUUCAGUUUGAUAAAAGGGCAAAGGAAAGAGCCCUUGAAGAGGAAAGGAUCAUCCAUGAGAAGCGAUUGGAGGCCGAAAGGGAGAUAAUGGAGAAGAAACGUUUGCAACAGAAGGAGAUGCUCGAAAAGCAACUAGCACAGGAGAGAGAAAUCCUACAGAACCGACUCAAGGACGAACGGGAAUUCCAUCAACGGCGUCAGCAGCUCCACGAUGAAUUCCAGAAGCUCAAGUCGGAUCUAUCACAGCACUAUCGAGAGCAACAAGACUCCGACGAAGAAGAAGAUGAAGACGAUGAGGCUGGCAUGCAAAAGCCGCGUGUUUGUGAUGAUUUUGGAAGAAAGGAUCCCCGUGGAGCCUUCCCGAAAUUCCAGGGACAGCCGUCCGCCCGGAACCAGCAGAUCGAAGCUGAAUUACGGAAUGUAAAUCCAGAACUUUCGAAACCUACGAAGCUAAACGAGCCGGGGUGCGUUCGGGAUCCAUGGGGCAGCAAUACACGUUUUCAGCAGAAUCCGCUAGCUGCUUCCGGCGAGAGAGAAGUAAGAAUUGAGGACUUACUGCAUCGUAUGGAUCUGACGGAAGAGGAAGAAGGUGCAAUCAGAAACGUACUCGCAAGACGAGGGCAAAUCCGCCAAGACUCGCGAAUGGACAUGGGCCGAGGACCAACGCAGGAACAGCUAGCAGCUAGGUAG